GGGCAGUCUCGGACUGACCUCUGUCCUCUUCCCAGCACCACACAACAGAGUGGGCAUGCUUGUGUCUACCAGUUUGUGGCCACAUUGGGAUCUGAACCCAGCUUUACUGUCCUCAGCUCUGCCACGACCUUAGAUUUCCCCUUGGUGAACUUGGCCAGUCACGGUGGCAGGAAAGCAGCGGUAGCUGAAGAACCUAGGGCGGCGCCUCUCCCGCCCCUGCCUGCCUCCUAGCCAGCCUGCUCCUCGACACCCCUCCCAUGCCCUCCUGCUGAGUCUUCCAACUCUUCCACCGCCUAAGCCUUCAUUAGCCUGGGUCAGUUCUGUCCGGAACCCCGACUGUCCCCAGCCCACAGUUCCCCCUGUCUCCAGCUCCCUGCCACCCCCUGCAGGCCAUCCGUAGCUCUGCUUCCUACUCGACCCUGCAUCCCUACCCGGCUGCUGCCUGGCUCUUGCCAGUAUGGCCCUUCUGGCCGCCUUGUUCCUGAGCGCAGCCCUGGGCGCCCUGCUCAGCUUCGCGCUGCUGGCAGCUGCGGUCGCCAGCGAUUACUGGUACAUCCUGGAGGUGGCGAACCCUGGCGGCUCCGGUGGUGCGCAGCAGCUCUCCUCACAUUCUGGGCUCUGGCGCACCUGCGAAGGGAAGAACAGCUGUGUGCCCCUGGUUGACCCGUUUGCCAGUGACAGCUUGGAAGCUUCUCCCUCGAUACAGCAUCUUCUCUUGCUGCACCGCACAGUCAUGGUAGUCCUGCCUCUGAGCCUCAUCCUCAUCGUGUGUGGCUGGGUCUGCGGCUUGCUCAGCUCCCUGUCCCAGAGUGUCCCUCUGCUGCUCCUCACUGGCUGCUACUUCCUGCUAGGGGGUGCCCUGACCCUGGCAGGGGUCAGCAUCUACAUCAGCUACUCACACCUGGCAUUUGUGGAGACUGCCCGCCUGUAUGGUGUGCAGCACAUGCAGAGUGUGAACAUCAGCUUCGGCUGGUCACUGGCCCUGGCCUGGGGCUCCUGUGCCUUGGAGGUGCUCAGUGGUGCCCUCUUGCUCACAGCUGCCCGGUUCCUCAGCCUGAGCCAACGCCCAGGAAUGCCCCACUCCGUGAUCAUCUGAGUCGCAGGAGAAGGAAGGCUCAGGCACUCUUGGCCUUUGCUGGAAUCCUGACUAGGAAGGUGCCCUGGGGAUGGCAUGCUGGGGAGGUGCUCUUUCCACUUCAGCUGGACAUGAGAAAGGCAGAUGAUAGCAGUGUCUCAAGUCAUGGCACAGUCUGCUGGGGUGCCUCAGGGUUCUGGGUGCUCAGGGCGUGCUCUUGCUCUGGGGGCGCAGACCACUCCAACCCUCAGGAGCUGAGACAGUCCCAGUCUGUGCUAGGAAGUGCCUGCGUGCUUCCUGAGCGCUUCCUCACCUCUCCAUCCCCAGUCAUCCUAUGCCACAGAGAGGGAGACUGAGGCCAGAAAACCCGAGAACAGAUGGCAGAUCCGGGUGUCACUGCAGUUUGACACCUGGGUUCUGUUUUGUUCCCUCUCCAAGGGGAGGUUGAUGGGGAGAGGCUUGGGGCUGAAGGGAGGGUCCAGUCUAGGUUUGUUUUCAAGCCACCAAGUGGGUUACUUGAGUGCUUCCAGGCAGGGUGGACCUUCGUAUCUCAGUCCUUGUCUUAGUAUAGGCUGCUGCCCUGCUGGCCUGGUACUUCCUCUUUACAGCAACAACCAGGAGGAUGUCUGAGACUGGCCGCAGUUGGGGUGAGCUGGGGCCAUGCCUGGCCUGCCUCCUGGUUGCCUGGAUCUCUACUUCUGCUGGAUUUGGCUGCAGGCGUGGAUGGGUCCGCUCACAGGCUGCCUGCAGCCUACUCCCUGUUGAGGACAACAUAGGUGGGAACUGAAUCAUCUCUGGCCACAUAAGGGGGCAGACCUGUGUUUGCAUGACUGGACAGUGGAUGGCUGUUAAGUUAGGGGCUGUGCAGUACCCGAAAGCCCCGAACAGCCCUGAUUCUGGUGUAGGCUCUUCCUUCGGGAUAUGCACUAGGGAAGGUAGUCCUUGUCAAGGCUUGGUCCCAGCAGUGUCCCCAAGCCACUUUUGAUUGCCUCUAAGGAUAUGGGAAGCUCCUGGGGAGCAGGGGAGUACUUUGUAGGGUUUAAUGUGACCUACUGAGGCAAAGGUCUGGAACUGAUGGCCACCUCCCUUCCAAUUUGUGUUCUGAUCUUUGCCAUUCCAUGUAGGAGCACUGCUGAGUGUCUGAAUAAAUCAGCCG